AUGACUUCCUUGGGCUGUGUUUUCGUUGCUGGCCUGUUCCACGUGAUGCAUUUUGUGGCUUUGUCUUCGAAAAGUUCGAAUAUUCCGGGACUACAGUUACCCUCUCUGAUUGUGGGUCUUGCGGCAAUGGAUCUGAUAUGGGACAAUUGCUUCAUUCCCCGGCGACUUCAUAUUAUGCCGGCACUCCUCAAACGUACAUACGAGUUGGCAAUGACAUUCCUUCUGCUGGAGAUUGCCGUUCAGGUCGUUUGGAAAACCUUCGAGCAUAUAUUAUCUCUGCUGAUCAAGAUAAUACUGAUCGGAACGGGCCUGGUGUCGGAAUAUAACUAUGGGCAGUACGAAAAAUACUGGGUGGGCAGCGUUACAGUGCCGUUGUCCUUUUUAAUCCUGGCCUUUGCCGGUCAGGCCACCGACCAUUUCCAUAUGCUGCACGAUUGCCUCUUCGAGGUCCAGACAAAGGUACAUUUGCGUGUGGACGAGUCCCUGAAGUACAUUAAACGAAAUCCCAGAGUUGCGAAGAAAAAGGUACCCAACAUCCUGCCGACUCUUCAGAGACACAAGGACAUGGCUUGCAAGCAGCGUCGUGGAAAAACCUUCAUCAGUCACUUCCAACGAAGAACCGAACUCUCUGAUCAAUAAGUAAUAACAUUUGGUAUCGCCACAUCUUCAAUUAGAUUCGUUUCGUUUCUUUUAUUUUAUACAAGAAAAUUUAUAAAAUUAAUUGUCAUACAUAAUAAUUAAAUUGCUUUUAUUAAA